ACUGGUCUAGAAGAGCUAAGGCAGGUGUGACCAUAAGCCGUAGCGGUACAGAUGGAGAAAGGAGUCUAUCUACUGACAGAAGUGACAUGAUAUGGGAGCUAAGAACCUGUUAUGAAUGAGGUAGAAAGAUGGCUCUGCUGAGAUGAGCUCUUAAUUAAUGCACUGAGAGCUUAUGAGUCCCACCUCUCAACAGGAAUGAUUGACAUCCAAGGAUACAUAAAUUACACUAAUUGAGCUCUGCCUCGAUAUAAGCUUUCCACAGUCAACUCAUCAGAGAAGCUAGAGUUUCUGCUCUUAGAAAGAAACUGAAACAGAAUUCCUCUGGAAGCAGGAACAGAAGUCCUCUUUAAAGAAGAAGGAAGAGAGGCCAAUGAGAAUUGAACCCUGAGCAUAAGUUGCACCAAUCAGAAGGAAUGAAGAAUGGAUGUAAAAGAACGUAGGCCUUAUUGCUCCCUGACCAAGAGCAGACGAGAAAAAGAACGGCGUUAUACAAAUUCCUCAGCAGACAAUGACGAGUGUAGGGUCCCUACUCAGAAGUCUUACAGUUCCAGUGAAACCUUGAAAGCAUUCGAUCACGAUUCCUCAAGGCUGCUAUAUGGAAACAGAGUAAAAGAUUUGGUUCACAGAGAAGCAGAUGAGUACACCAGACAAGGACAGAAUUUUACCCUAAGGCAGUUAGGAGUGUGUGAACCAGCAACUCGAAGAGGACUGGCAUUUUGUGCGGAAAUGGGGCUCCCCCACAGAGGUUACUCUAUCAGUGCAGGGUCAGAUGCUGAUACUGAAAAUGAAGCAGUGAUGUCCCCAGAGCAUGCCAUGAGACUUUGGGGCAGGGGGGUCAAAUCAGGCCGCAGCUCCUGCCUGUCAAGCCGAUCCAAUUCAGCGCUCACUCUGACAGAUACAGAGCACGAGAACAAGUCGGACAGCGAGAACGAGCAACCUGCAAACACCCAAGGCCAGUCCACCCUGCAGCCUUUGCCUCCUUCCCACAAGCAGCACUCUGCACAGCAUCAUCCAUCCAUCACUUCUCUCAAUAGAAAUUCCCUGACCAAUAGAAGGAACCAGAGUCCGGCCCCGCCGGCUGCUUUGCCCGCCGAGCUGCAAACCACACCCGAGUCCGUCCAGCUGCAGGACAGCUGGGUCCUUGGCAGUAAUGUACCACUGGAAAGCAGGCAUUUCCUAUUCAAAACAGGAACAGGGACUACGCCGCUGUUCAGUACGGCCACCCCAGGAUACACAAUGGCAUCUGGUUCUGUCUAUUCGCCGCCAACUCGGCCACUACCUAGAAACACCCUAUCAAGAAGUGCUUUUAAAUUCAAGAAGUCUUCAAAGUACUGCAGCUGGAAAUGCACUGCCUUGUGUGCUGUAGGGGUCUCAGUGCUCCUUGCAAUCCUCCUCUCAUAUUUUAUAGCAAUGCAUCUAUUUGGCCUCAACUGGCAGCUACAGCAGACUGAAAAUGAUACAUUUGAGAAUGGAAAAGUGAAUUCUGAGACCAUGCCAACAAACACUGUAUCACUACCUUCUGGUGACAAUGGAAAAUUAGGUGGAUUUACACAAGAAAAUAACACCAUAGAUUCCGGAGAACUUGAUGUCGGUCGGAGAGCUAUUCAAGAGGUUCCUCCCGGGAUCUUCUGGAGAUCACAGCUCUUUAUCGAUCAGCCACAGUUUCUUAAAUUCAAUAUCUCUCUUCAGAAGGAUGCAUUGAUUGGAGUAUAUGGCCGAAAAGGCUUACCACCUUCCCAUACUCAGUAUGACUUCGUCGAGCUCCUGGAUGGCAGCAGACUGAUUGCAAGAGAGCAGCGGAAUUUGCUUGAGUCAGAACGAGCUGGGAGGCAGGCAAGAUCUGUCAGUCUUCAUGAGGCUGGCUUCAUCCAGUACUUGGACUCCGGGAUCUGGCAUCUGGCAUUUUACAAUGAUGGCAAAAAUCCAGAGCAGGUGUCUUUUAAUACCAUUGUUAUAGAGUCAGUGGUGGAAUGUCCCCGGAAUUGCCAUGGCAAUGGAGAGUGUGUUUCUGGAACUUGCCAUUGUUUUCCCGGAUUUCUGGGUCCAGAUUGUUCAAGAGCAGCCUGUCCAGUGCUUUGCAGUGGUAACGGGCAAUACUCCAAGGGUCGCUGCUUGUGUUUCAGCGGCUGGAAAGGCACCGAGUGCGAUGUGCCGACGACGCAGUGUAUCGACCCACAGUGUGGGGGUCGUGGGAUCUGCAUCAUGGGCUCCUGUGCUUGCAACUCGGGCUACAAAGGAGAAAACUGUGAAGAAGCUGACUGUCUAGACCCUGGAUGUUCUAAUCAUGGUGUGUGUAUCCACGGGGAAUGUCACUGCAAUCCAGGCUGGGGUGGUAGCAAUUGUGAGAUCCUAAAGACCAUGUGUCCUGACCAAUGUUCUGGGCAUGGAACCUAUCUUCAAGAAAGUGGGUCCUGUACUUGUGACCCGAAUUGGACUGGCCCAGACUGCUCAAAUGAAAUCUGUUCUGUGGACUGUGGCUCCCACGGUGUUUGCAUGGGGGGCUCCUGUCGCUGUGAAGAAGGCUGGACAGGCCCCGCCUGUAAUCAGAGAGCCUGCCACCCCCGCUGCGCCGAGCACGGCACCUGCAAGGAUGGCAAGUGUGAAUGCAGCCAAGGAUGGAAUGGGGAGCACUGCACAAUCGAGGGAUGUCCUGGUCUAUGCAACAGCAAUGGAAGGUGUACCCUGGACCAAAACGGCUGGCACUGUGUCUGCCAGCCUGGCUGGAGAGGAGCAGGAUGUGACGUAGCCAUGGAGACCCUCUGCACAGACAGCAAGGACAAUGAAGGAGAUGGACUCAUUGAUUGUAUGGAUCCUGAUUGCUGUUUACAGAGCUCCUGCCAAAAUCAGCCCUACUGCCGCGGAUUGCCUGAUCCUCAGGAUAUUAUCAGCCAAAGCUUACAAUCUCCAUCUCAGCAAGCUGCCAAAUCCUUCUACGAUCGAAUCAACUUUCUGAUUGGAUCUGAUAGCACCCAUGUUAUACCUGGAGAAAGCCCUUUCAAUAAGAGUCUUGCAUCUGUCAUUAGAGGCCAAGUACUAACUGCUGAUGGGACUCCACUUAUUGGAGUAAAUGUCUCGUUUUUCCAUUACCCAGAAUAUGGCUACACUAUUACCCGCCAGGAUGGAAUGUUUGACUUGGUUGCAAAUGGUGGGGCUUCCCUGACUCUAGUAUUUGAACGUUCCCCGUUCCUCACUCAGUAUCAUACUGUGUGGAUUCCAUGGAAUGUCUUUUAUGUGAUGGACACCUUGGUUAUGAAGAAAGAAGAGAAUGACAUUCCCAGCUGUGAUCUGAGUGGGUUUGUGAGGCCAAACCCCAUCAUUGUGUCAUCACCUUUGUCCACGUUUUUCAGAUCGUCUCCUGAAGACAGUCCCAUUAUUCCUGAAACACAGGUACUCCAUGAAGAAACCACAAUUCCAGGAACAGAUUUAAAACUUUCCUACUUGAGUUCCAGAGCUGCUGGAUAUAAGUCUGUUCUCAAGAUCACCAUGACCCAGUCUGUGAUACCAUUUAAUUUAAUGAAGGUGCAUCUUAUGGUAGCUGUAGUGGGAAGACUCUUUCAAAAAUGGUUUCCUGCCUCACCAAACUUGGCCUACACUUUUAUAUGGGAUAAAACAGAUGCAUACAAUCAAAAGGUCUAUGGUCUAUCUGAAGCUGUUGUGUCAGUCGGAUAUGAGUAUGAGUCCUGCUUGGACCUUACUCUAUGGGAAAAAAGAACUGCCGUUUUACAAGGCUAUGAACUAGAUGCUUCUAACAUGGGAGGCUGGACAUUAGAUAAGCAUCAUGUGUUGGAUGUUCAAAAUGGUAUCCUGUACAAAGGGAAUGGGGAAAAUCAAUUUAUCUCACAACAGCCCCCAGUUGUCAGUAGUAUCAUGGGGAAUGGACGAAGGCGCAGUAUCUCAUGUCCAAGUUGCAAUGGUCAAGCUGAUGGUAAUAAACUCUUGGCCCCAGUGGCUUUAGCUUGUGGGAUUGACGGCAGUCUGUACGUAGGGGAUUUCAACUACGUUCGGCGGAUAUUUCCUUCUGGGAAUGUAACCAGUGUUUUAGAACUAAGAAAUAAAGAUUUUAGACAUAGCAGCAACCCAGCUCAUCGAUACUACUUAGCAACGGAUCCAGUCACAGGAGACUUGUAUGUUUCUGACACCAAUACCCGCAGAAUUUAUCGCCCCAAGUCACUUACAGGUGGCAAAGAUUUGACUAAAAAUGCUGAAGUGGUUGCUGGAACAGGAGAGCAGUGCCUACCGUUUGAUGAGGCCAGAUGUGGGGAUGGAGGGAAGGCAGUGGAAGCAACACUCAUGAGUCCCAAAGGAAUGGCGAUUGAUAAGAAUGGAUUGAUCUACUUUGUGGAUGGAACCAUGAUCAGAAAAGUUGAUCAAAAUGGAAUCAUAUCAACUCUCCUGGGCUCUAAUGAUCUGACCUCAGCCCGACCUUUAACCUGUGACACCAGCAUGCACAUCAGCCAGGUACGUCUGGAAUGGCCCACUGACCUGGCCAUUAACCCGAUGGAUAACUCCAUUUAUGUCCUGGAUAAUAACGUAGUUUUACAGAUCACUGAAAACCGCCAAGUCCGCAUCGCAGCAGGACGGCCCAUGCACUGCCAGGUGCCGGGCGUGGAGUAUUCCGUGGGCAAGCACGCCGUUCAGACCACUCUGGAAUCAGCCACAGCCAUCGCUGUGUCCUACAGCGGGGUAUUGUACAUAACUGAAACUGAUGAGAAGAAGAUUAACCGGAUAAGGCAGGUCACGACCGACGGGGAGAUCUCCUUGGUUGCCGGAAUCCCUUCGGAGUGUGACUGCAAAAAUGAUGCCAAUUGUGACUGUUAUCAGAGUGGAGAUGGUUAUGCCAAAGAUGCCAAACUCAAUGCUCCAUCCUCCUUAGCUGCUUCUCCCGAUGGGACCCUGUACAUUGCAGAUCUAGGAAAUAUCCGUAUUCGGGCAGUGUCCAAAAAUAAGCCUUUACUGAACUCCAUGAACUUUUAUGAAGUCGCCUCACCCACUGAUCAAGAACUGUAUAUCUUUGACAUUAAUGGGACGCACCAGUAUACUGUCAGUUUAGUCACAGGUGACUACCUGUACAAUUUUAGUUACAGCAAUGACAAUGACAUCACUGCUGUAACAGACAGCAAUGGCAACACCCUCAGAAUUAGACGAGACCCGAACCGGAUGCCAGUUCGAGUGGUGUCUCCAGAUAACCAAGUGAUCUGGUUGACAAUUGGAACCAAUGGCUGUUUGAAAAGCAUGACUGCUCAAGGACUGGAACUUGUCUUGUUCACUUAUCAUGGCAACAGUGGCCUGUUAGCCACGAAAAGUGAUGAAACUGGGUGGACAACUUUUUUUGACUACGACAGUGAAGGCCGGCUGACAAAUGUCACCUUCCCAACGGGAGUGGUCACCAACCUUCAUGGGGAUAUGGACAAGGCCAUCACCGUGGACCUCGAGUCAUCCAGCCGAGAAGAAGAUGUCAGCAUCACUUCCAAUUUGUCCUCAAUCGAUUCUUUUUACACCAUGGUUCAAGAUCAGUUAAGAAACAGCUACCAGAUUGGUUACGAUGGUUCCCUGAGAAUUAUCUAUGCCAGUGGCCUGGAUUCACACUACCAAACAGAGCCUCAUGUUCUGGCUGGCACAGCCAACCCAACAGUUGCCAAAAGAAACAUGACUCUUCCAGGUGAAAAUGGUCAGAAUUUGGUGGAAUGGAGAUUCCGAAAAGAGCAAGCCCAAGGAAAAGUCAACGUCUUUGGACGAAAGCUCAGAGUGAACAGCAGAAACCUCCUGUCGGUGGACUUUGACCGAACCACAAAGACAGAAAAGAUCUAUGAUGACCAUCGGAAAUUUCUGCUAAGGAUUGCCUACGACACAUCCGGGCACCCAACACUCUGGCUCCCCAGCAGCAAGCUCAUGUCUGUCAAUGUUACCUACUCCUCCACAGGUCAGAUAGCCAGCAUCCAGCGUGGGACCACCAGCGAGAAAGUUGAUUAUGACGGACAGGGGAGGAUUGUGUCCCGGGUCUUUGCAGAUGGGAAAACGUGGAGCUACACAUACUUAGAAAAGUCCAUGGUGCUGCUGCUUCACAGCCAGAGGCAGUACAUCUUUGAAUAUGACAUGUGGGACCGGCUGUCAGCCAUCACCAUGCCCAGCGUGGCUCGUCACACCAUGCAGACCAUCCGCUCCAUUGGCUACUACCGAAAUAUAUACAACCCUCCAGAGAGCAAUGCCUCCGUCAUCACUGACUACAACGAGGAAGGGCUCCUUCUGCAGACUGCAUUCCUAGGCACCAGUCGGAGGGUCCUGUUCAAAUACAGAAGGCAAACCAGGCUCUCUGAAAUUUUGUAUGACAGCACAAGGGUCAGUUUUACCUAUGAUGAAACAGCAGGCGUCUUAAAAACAGUCAACCUCCAGAGCGAUGGCUUCAUUUGCACCAUUCGGUACAGACAGAUUGGCCCCCUGAUUGACAGGCAGAUCUUCCGCUUUAGUGAAGAUGGAAUGGUGAAUGCAAGGUUUGACUACAGUUAUGACAACAGCUUCCGGGUGACCAGCAUGCAGGGUGUCAUCAACGAGACACCACUGCCCAUCGACCUCUACCAGUUCGAUGACAUUUCUGGCAAAGUGGAACAGUUUGGCAAGUUUGGGGUGAUAUAUUAUGACAUCAACCAGAUCAUUUCCACAGCGGUGAUGACUUACACAAAGCACUUUGAUGCCCACGGCCGCAUCAAGGAAAUUCAAUAUGAGAUAUUCAGGUCCCUCAUGUACUGGAUUACAAUUCAAUAUGAUAAUAUGGGUCGGGUAACCAAGAGGGAAAUAAAAAUAGGGCCCUUUGCCAACACCACCAAAUAUGCUUAUGAAUACGAUGUUGAUGGACAGCUCCAAACAGUUUACCUCAAUGAGAAGAUCAUGUGGCGUUACAACUAUGAUCUGAAUGGAAACCUCCAUUUACUGAACCCAAGUAAUAGUGCCCGUUUGACGCCUCUCCGCUAUGACCUGCGGGACAGAAUCACUCGACUAGGGGAUGUCCAGUACCGACUGGAUGAGGAUGGUUUCCUGCGUCAGAGAGGCACCGAGAUCUUUGAGUACAGCUCCAAGGGGCUGUUGACACGAGUUUAUAGCAAAGGCAGUGGCUGGACAGUGAUCUAUCGCUAUGAUGGCCUGGGGAGACGUGUUUCUAGCAAAACCAGUCUAGGACAGCACCUGCAGUUCUUUUAUGCAGACCUAACAUAUCCCACUCGGAUCACUCACGUCUACAACCAUUCGAGCUCAGAAAUUACCUCUCUCUAUUAUGAUCUCCAAGGACAUCUUUUUGCCAUGGAAAUCAGCAGUGGGGAUGAAUUCUACAUCGCAUCGGAUAACACAGGGACGCCACUGGCUGUUUUCAGUAGUAAUGGACUUAUGCUGAAGCAGAUUCAGUACACAGCAUACGGGGAGAUCUACUUUGACUCCAACAUUGACUUUCAACUGGUAAUUGGAUUUCACGGAGGCUUGUAUGACCCACUGACAAAAUUAAUCCACUUCGGAGAAAGAGAUUAUGACAUUUUGGCAGGACGAUGGACCACACCUGACAUAGAAAUAUGGAAACGAAUUGGGAAGGAUCCAGCUCCUUUUAACUUGUAUAUGUUCAGGAAUAACAACCCUGCAAGCAAAAUCCAUGAUGUAAAAGACUACAUCACAGAUGUUAACAGCUGGCUGGUGACAUUUGGCUUCCAUCUGCACAAUGCUAUUCCUGGAUUCCCUGUUCCCAAAUUCGAUUUAACAGAGCCGUCUUAUGAACUUGUGAAGAGUCAGCAGUGGGAUGAUGUGCCGCCCAUUUUCGGAGUGCAGCAGCAGGUGGCGCGGCAGGCCAAGGCCUUCCUGUCCCUGGGAAAGAUGGCGGAGGUGCAGGUGAGCAGGCGCCGGGGCCGCGGCGCUCAGUCGUGGCUGUGGUUCGCCACAGUCAAGUCCCUGAUCGGCAAGGGCGUCAUGCUGGCCGUGAGCCAGGGCCGCGUGCAGACCAACGUGCUCAACAUCGCCAACGAGGAUUGCAUCAAGGUGGCGGCCGUGCUCAACAACGCCUUCUACCUGGAGAACCUGCACUUCACCGUGGAGGGCAAGGACACGCACUACUUCAUCAAAACCACCACCCCCGAGAGCGACCUGGGCACGCUGCGCCUGACGAGCGGCCGCAAGGCGCUGGAGAACGGCAUCAACGUGACCGUGUCGCAGUCCACCACGGUGGUCAACGGCAGGACUCGCAGGUUCGCCGACGUGGAGAUGCAGUUCGGGGCGCUGGCGCUGCACGUGCGCUACGGCAUGACCCUGGACGAGGAGAAGGCGCGCAUCCUGGAGCAGGCCCGCCAGCGCGCGCUCGCCCGGGCCUGGGCGCGCGAGCAGCAGCGCGUGCGCGACGGCGAGGAAGGCGCGCGCCUCUGGACGGAGGGCGAGAAGCGGCAGCUGCUGAGUGCCGGCAAGGUGCAGGGUUACGACGGGUACUACGUACUCUCGGUGGAGCAGUACCCGGAGCUGGCCGACAGUGCCAACAACAUCCAGUUCCUCCGACAAAGCGAGAUCGGCAAGAGGUAACCCCCCGGGGCCACCCGAGAGGCAGGCAGCCACCUAGCUUCUCCCGGGAGGAAGCCCCGGCGGGGGACGCUGCUUUUUCCCCUGCAUCUUUGCUCAGAUUUUUUUUUUUUUUUUCUGGAGCACAAUCCGAAUGGGACUCUCCG